AUUCUUUUUGCGUCACGUUGUGUGCGGCGUGGCCUGAUGACGUCUCACAACGCUGGACAACAUGGCGAAGAAACAACGUGGGAAAGCGAGCUCGACGUCAAAGACGGCGGACAUCGAAAAGCCCACCGAGAGUUUCACCUUGUCGCUGGAGUCUAGCGACGAUGAAGCUCCAGAGGAGGUGACCUUUGAAGACUCCAAAGCUGAGGCUCUGCGGAGCAUGAAACAGGCGCUGGAUACCGCUAGAAGGGAAAAGGAGCUGCUAAAAGAGAAGAGGAGGAAGAGACAGGAGCUCUUCCAGGAACAGAAGAAAAGAAAACUCUUAUCAGCUGACGUGUUGGAGGAAAUCGACUCAGCUUCCUCAAAGAAGCAGAAACAGUCUGAAGAUGAAGGUGAACAGGAGGAAAAGCCAGAAAAAGAGGGGGGAGACGGAAAGAAGAAGAAAAAGAAAAGGAGCGGGAAAUUGGCAAAUGCCCGGAAUCUGAAGGGGAAGUACACAGUGACGACGGUGAAAGAGCGAACGCUGGCAUCCUUCCAACAGCAGGUGGCCGAGGAGUUCAUCCGGUCCAGACUGUACGGACCAGGAACCUGCAGGACCACAAGUAAUGAGAUGCUGUCCCUCCAGAACAAGAAGGGGUGGAAUAAAAGUGCGGCAGUGCAGUUUGUCAAGAAAGACUGGGCCUCUAAGGAGAAAGCCAAAGCAGAGAAGCUGAAGAAGAGGUGGCUCCACAAACAGCAGAUUCCCUCCUGUUGAUGGGACGUAAGCCAUCAGCCUGUGAGCACACUUCUCCCCAUGGCUGUUUAAAAGGACUCAAAACAGUCAGCAUCACUGAGGGGGUGGCAGCACUGUUGAAGCUUCAGGAUGGGACAGUAUACAGACUCUGAACUUGUCACAGAGACUCAAAAGACUGAGAUCCCACCAAAUUAAAGUCCUUCAACAGGUUUUUCAUCACAGCUUUGCCUAGAAGCAGAGGUCUUAUUACUGGGUCUCACAGUUUGUAAGGUUUCAAUGUGAAUUUGUGUUUCGUGUUUUUCUGCAGUCACUUGUGUUUAAGGUGUUUUCAAACCUGAAAGGCUAAAAAUCAGAUGUUUUGCUUUUUUUUUCUGUAAAAAUUCUGUAUGAAUAAAUGCUGAUUGUUUUCUUUCAUAUUUGUAUGAGAUUAAAAACCCUGAUGCCUUCAUCAGGUGUUCGUUUGCAUCCAAAAACAAAAAUGCAAAA